CUGCUCUCUCCAUUAUCAUUCACCAACCACCAGCUCUCUCCCUCACACUCAUCUGAUGCAUCUUCAUGAUCUAAUUGUCUAUGCCCCACCAAUCCACCCUCUUUAAAUUCUUUGGUGAAAACCAGAAUGCGGCAGACUCAGAUAUUCUCUGGGUCGUCGCACCCGCGCCUGGUUGAGGAUAUCUGCGACUUGCUGGGCCAAAAACCCGGUGAUGCCACGCUAGGAAAAUUCAGCAAUGGCGAGACGAGCGUCCGGAUACAGACUUCGAUACGCAAUCAGGAUGUGUUCAUCGUGCAGAGCGGAAGUCAGAAGAUCAAUGACAGCGUAAUGGAAUUGCUGAUCAUGAUCUCCGCCUGCAAAGGCGGUUCCGCCCGCUCCAUCACCGCCGUUCUACCUUACUUCCCCUACAGCCGGCAAUCCAAGAAAAAAUCCCAUCGCGGCGCCAUCACCGCCCGUAUGCUCGCCAACCUCCUCCAUAUCGCCGGCGUCAACCACGUGAUGACAAUGGACCUACACGCCAGUCAGAUGCAGGGGUUUUUCAAGUGUCCCGUGGACAACCUGGUGGCCGAGCCAUUGAUUGCGAGGUGGAUAAAGCAGAAUGUGGCUGAGUGGAAUCAAGCGGUGGUGGUGAGCAAGAACCCAGGAGGGACGAAGCGAGUCACGAGCCUAGCAGAUGCACUAAAAUUGAGUUUCGGGAUCGUCACGACGGAUCGGAGGAGGUUUAAUACAAGUAUGUGGACGGAUCAGAGCAUGACCGGAAGCUUCAUGCUGGAGAGACUCGUCGAUGGGGAAGAUGGGCAAGAUGACGAGAAAGACGAGGAGCAGCCACGAUCCAAUCCGAUGUCACCCCCUGUUCUCCCGCUAUACGCACCCGAUCGAAAACCUGAAGGGGCCAUCAAUGCACGAAGACCCCCAGCCCGUAUGCCAGGCACUCCUAGCAGAAUGCAUGCGAACCGCGAUUCCGAUGUCCCCAGCUCCCCCCUCGCCAAAUCCACCCUCCCAUCCUCCUCCCACAGUUCUGCUUGUCCGUCACCGUUGAUGCGUAGCCAAACCGCGCCAGCGACCGGGACCAACUCCCCACCAUCUGACCACGAAGAAGAAUUCAUCGACGAGAGUAUCGUCACUAAUAUACCCAACCUUCAGCGGGCCCGCGACGUCAUCCACGGCCGCUUCAUCCACGGCCACAUCGUCGACGACGACGACCCCUCUCCGGCCUUCUCCGCCACCUCCCACAGCAACACCCCCUCCCGCCACCGCGCGCUCUCCGACCUCCGCGACGACGACCCCAUCCCCGACCACAUGAUCUCCUCCACCCUCUCCGUCGCCAGCAGUAUUUACCCGCGCGAGCGCGACCCGCACGGCCUCGGCGGCAGUGGCGACGCGGAGGCGUCCUCGGAAGAAGAAGAAGACGAGCUGCGCAACCCGGAGCUCGAGACGACGAUCACGCUCGUGGGGAACGUGCGCGAUCGCCCGGUGUUCAUCGUCGACGAUAUCAUGGACAAGGCAGCGAGCUGGGUGGCGGCGGCGGAAACGUGCGUGAAGCGCGGCGGGGCGACGCGGGUGUACUGCAUUGCAACGCACGGGAUCUUCGGGGACGAGAGCCUCGAGGAGAUCGAGGCGUGCGAGUGCAUCGAUAAGGUGGUGGUGACGAACACGUUCCCGAUCACAGAAGAGCGGGCGCGGCGAUGUAAGAAACUGGUGCAGUUGGAUGUGAGUCGGUUGUUGGCGGAGGCGAUCCGUCGGAACAAGCAUGGGGAGAGUAUGAGUCGGCUAUAUAUGCAUUACGAUUGA